AUGGAAGUUUAUGGACCAUCGAUUAUCGUACCUUCAAGCCUUGCUUAUUUUUGUGUUUAUAACCCUACUUUUGGACCUACCGAAGAAACGCAAAAAGAUCAAUUAUUGUAUUAUGUAGCAAAGAAGACCGUUCCUAUGGAUGUUAAAAUACGUCAAAUAGGUUUGGCACAAGGUUUAAUACAUUUUACAAGAGUAUUUUCACCUUCCAAACCUUGCGAAAAUGUUCAUACACAAAAAAAUCGACUUGCAUUUUAUGAACCUGAACCAAAUUAUUGGAUUCAUAUAGACAAAGAUGGGAAACCUAAAACUAUUGUUGAAUAUCUUGAUUCAAAUUUACAUGAUUCAGGAAUAAAAAGAAUGCUUCAAUUGGGUUAUGGAAUGUACAAGAUGUUCAAUGGACCAUUUGACAUGACAGUUCAUACUUCUGGUAUCAAAACAUUAAAAAAUAAAUUAGAAGAAUUCUUUGCAAAUUGGGUUUUUAAUUGGGAUUUUGAUAAAAUGGAUAUUACAAAGACAAUUGAUGGUACUUCCUAUUUACCACUCUCUUCUUCUGCUCGAAAACAAAUUACAUCUUUUAUGGACAAAUUUCAGUCAGAAUAUAAUUUUAUUUCAGAUAUUCUUAUAUUAAAGAACAAUAUGUUAUUUUAUACAUUUAAAGAUUUUACAAGAACUUUAUCCGGGAGUUCAUCAAGUUUGUCACCAACUAAUAAUAAUACAGAAAUAUCGAAUUCAACCUUUUUGUCACCACCUCUUUCUACUCCUCUUCCUUCAUCAUCUUCACCUUCGCCUUUAUCAAUAUCAAAUUUUCUGAUAGGCCCACAAAAUUUACAAGGUGAUACUGAUGGUGUUAAUGAAGAAGAGAUCAAACCAACUACAAUUUAUUUAAGUAAAAAAUCAAUAGAAAAAAAGAUAAAUGAAGAAUAUACAUAUGAUGUUGAUGAAUAUUAUCUCUUGUCAUAUAAGCAAAAUUCUAUCACAAUAGUCUUCUUAAUACCACAUUCUUCUUUGGAAGGUUCCAAAAAGAUUCAUGAUAUAACUUUUUAUAGAUCUAUUGAUACUUAUCUAUCUUCGCAAACAGAAGAUUUAAUCAACAUAUUGAAUGAAGAAGAAGAACGUACAAGAACAAUUGGACAAGGAAUAUCGUUAUCUCUUAUUUAA